CUUCACUCCUGUCCGCUAGAUGUCAGCCGCGCUUAGUUACAUUUUAACCGCGAAAUUCAAAACGAAGAAGACAGAAGAUGGACAAGUUCUGUGAGGAAAAGGUUAAGGUGCAGUUUGGUGUUAAGCUUCUGGACGCCGUUCUGUGCGUCCCUACCCAAGCAGGGGAUGUACACACGGCGGUCGUCCUGACCCACGGGGCGGGCGGGGACAUGAACUUCAAACACCUGGUGUCCGUCGCCCAGGCCCUGGCGUCUAGUGGGUCGCUUUGUCUGCGGUUUACCUGCAAAGGUUUAAACCUGCCCUACAGAGUUAGAGCCUACAAGGCUGUGUGGGAAUACUUGAACACGCUGGAGAAGUUCAGCAUCAGGCACAUAUUCCUUGGAGGCAGGUCCAUGGGCUCCCGGGCUGCGGCGGCCCUCGCCCGGCAGCUGACCGAGGCGGCCUCGGCGGAGGCAGUAGCGGGCGUCAUCUGUCUGUCGUUCCCCUUACACCCUCCGAGACAGACGCACGCCCACCGUCAGCGCAGCGAGGAUCUCCGGGGACUCCCCGAGGAGAUGCCCGUGCUGUUCGUGUCGGGCACCGUGGACGACAUGUGUGACAGGGCCCUUUUAGAAACAGUGGUGAAGGACAUGAAGGCCCCAGUAGAUGUUUUGUGGCUAGAAGGAGGCGGCCACGGGCUCGCAGUGCGCGGAAGGUCGGAAGACUCCGUGUUGGAUGAGGUGAACUUGCGGGUCGUCACUUGGACUUUGAAACACGCAGCACACGUGAAGGACCAGAGCUGAGGGUCCUAGGACUGUAUGGCUUCGCUCUUUUGAUCUUGAAUAAAUAUCUAUCUUAAUAGUC